AUGCCGGGAAAAAAUGAAGAGGGUGAAGAUACAGUUGCUCAACCCGAUACACAACCUUCUGAAGCUGAAGUCAAGCCUAAAGAACCCGAAAAACUACAACUUCGUACUCCAGAACGAAAGGAAAUUCUUGGCUUUGGAGAAACUGAAGAAGAUGAAGAAGCAAUAGCGUUAGCGAAAAAAAUAAAAGAGAAAGAGGAGAAGUUUAAGGAAAGACGCUACAAAAUAGCUCAGGUAAAAGAAAAUACGCUAAGUGUUGAAGAUGCAAUUAGGGAGGGCAAAGAAGAAUUGGUGAUUAGACCUGCGCUAGUGGAUUCAGUUCCUGAAGAGUUGACCAAUCAUCAAUUGAAUGAAGGUAUUACGAGGUCAUUGCUCUCAGACAAUCCAUAUCUCGAUACGGAUAGAGUUAUAUUUAAUCACGAAAAGAGAGAGUUUCAGAAAGUCAUUAAAAACAGCCGUGAAGUAGUAUUGUAUGAAAUAGAAGGUUGUAUUAUUCAUUCCAAUAGCCAAGAAGCGGAAGUUCAAGCUGUUAGAAUAAAGAGGGAAGAAAAAUGGGCACUAAAGCUAGCAGCUAUCAAUGAAAAACAAAAACGACUAUUAAGAGCUAAAGUAGAUGAGCGAAAGAGGAUGAGUAGGAAGGUUACCGAAUUGGAUGAAAUAGGUUUAGAAACCGAGGAAGCGGGAGAAGAAACGUCAUCAGACGUAGGGGAAGAAGGAGAGGGUGAAGAAGGAGCCAUGACUCCACAUAUCGAUGCCUUUGAAGAGGACAUACCUGGGAAAAAGUUAGUUAACCGAUUCAAUUAUAGCGACCGUUCUGUUUUGACCAUAGCGUGUAUUACGAGGGAUAAGGGUACUCAGACUGCCCCUAAUCCAAGAUCCCAUGUAACUGGCCAGGUCUCGCAAUGGAUUAUUUAUGAUCAUUAUCAAAAAGAUUAUGCUGCAAUUCAGGAGGCAAAAGAAAAAGAAAGGCAAGCUAAAAUGAUCAUGGCCGUGAAGAAAGAAGAUCGUACUAUUAAGAAGCCGGUAAAGACUGAAGACCCAAUAUAUAAGAGAAUGGCUGAAGGAAUCAAAAUUCUUGAAAGAAUGUUAAAUCAAAACACUUACGAUCAUCUCGCUCAAGAUUGUCAAUUUUACGAAGAUCCCGGCGAUAAAUACAGGACAGAAGAAGGCGUAUUAUUACCUCUGUGGGAAUUCAAAUACCAGCCCACGAAAGGAAUAGCCGUUACGCAAGUAAAAUGGAACCCUGCUUACAAAGAUCUCUUUGGAGUCACGUUUGGUAUCUUAGAUUUUGCUGAGAACGACGAUAUUGGGGUCUUAUCCGUUUUCACGCUUAAAAAUCCCUCUUUUCCAGAAUUUGUGAAACAUUUCGAUUCAGGAGCAUUGUGUUUAGAUUUUCAUCCCAGGAAGUGUUAUUAUGUCUGUGUCGGACUUCAAGAUGGGAGUGUAGCCGUUCAUAAUAUGCAGACACCGAACUGCGAAACACAGUUUCGUAGUACAGUUGAACACAACCAUAGAAGUCAGGUAUGGAGUGUAUUGUGGUGUGAUGACCAUCGAGAUAGACAAUUGAGUUUUUUCUCCGCAGGGGGUGAUGGUCGUAUUUGCAAGUGGCUACUACUUCAAAAUGAACUCUUACAUUCACCGAUCAUAACUUUAUACAUUGAUAAACAUGAACUUAGUUCAGAUAUUCCUCAUCUGAAACUCAAAGCUAUGCCUACUUGCCUUACGUUCCAUCCCAAAGACUUUGAAAUAUUUAUGGUCGGAACUGCCUUUGGCACUAUUUAUAAAUGCAAUAUUUCAUAUGCUUCAACAUAUUUUUAUCAUAUGAAGGUACAUGAGCUAACUGUUUAUAGGAUCAGUUACAACAGCUUUAUACCCGAGAUAUUCGCGACUGCUGGUGGUGACUGGAGAAUGAAGAUAUGGGAAGAUGGGAGACCUGAACCCUUGUUCGUUUACAAUUUAGAUGCCUCUGUUCAGGACGUGGAAUGGGCUCCAUAUUCGAGUACAGUCAUAGCAGGGAUCACCGCAUUAGGCCGUGUUUACAUUUAUGAUCUCAAUGUUAAUAAAUACAUCGCUGCGUGUGCUCAAUACGUUGUCUGCGCCGACGACGAUAUCGCCACUUGUCUUACAUUUAAUCCAGCGGGUCAUAAGAUGCCAUUGAUUCUUGUAGGUGAUUCUGGAGGAACCAUAACUACGCUGAAAUUAUCUCCGAAUCUGCGUUUGAAACCGAAACAACCUAGAAAAAGGAAAGAAGCCGCCGUCCAAAUCGAUGAAACAGCAUUAGAAAUAUCUAAACUUGAAAAGAUUUUAUAUCAUGUUCGAGAACCAAUGCUUCGAAAAGAAUCUGAAGAAUAA